AUGAAAGUCGUCAAACCUUCUUCAUUUGUGCCAAUAGAAUGGCUUUGGGAUUAUAAAGAGGAUGAGAAGGAUAUUCAUGUGGUUGAUCCUGUGGACAAGAGUACCGUGGUGUUUGGCAUCUUCAUAAUAGACAAGUUUGCAAAAGACUCCGAUAAACAACUUCAGCAACUAAUACGGAAGGUUGAAACUGAUUUUGCGAUUUGGAAUGAUUACUAUCCGUGGUCAGAGUACAAUGGGAUUUCUUUGAGCUUGGAGAAGUUGGAGAAUGAAAUGCCGUUUAUCUAUGGCCAACUUUGCGCUGAGAACAAUGUCAGCAGGGAAGAAAAAGUGCUGUUAGGCCUGCUCAUCAUGCUAUCAAAAAGACUGGAUCCGCAGAUGUUCAUUCGUGUCCGUGAUACUGACGGUGACUUUAUUAUGAAUGAGAUUAGCGAGGCACUGCCGAAGGAAUACGAGUUUCCAGUCGCCUGCAAUCGAUUGUGGUUAAACUGCGGAAAGAUGAAGCUUAUACCCUUAGAAGAAUCAUGUAGCGAUGGUCUACGGCCGCUUGAGGCGCUACGAUUUCUUGAAGAUUCAGCGUUCAAGCUGCUCGAUGUUGACACACUUAGUAAUGGCGCGAUCGUCAAGAUGACUGCUAACUUUCCAAACGAUGUACUUUCACGGCUAGUGAAGCUUCAAUUGGUCAUAGAAAAUGAGAAGCACCGUCAGAUUUUAGUGGAAAACCCGCGCCUAAUCAGCUUUCUUUUAAAAAGCUUGAUUGAUGAGGAGUUAUCGGUUACCGAUCAGGUAUCAGGAAAUAACGAUGGGUCUAUCGAACUGCUUGUUUCGGAAGAGCAUGCUGACCUAAUUCCUUACUUCUUUGAAGCCAAAGGCCUCAGGAAGGACACAACGUUGAUACCUAUUCUGUGUGGAAGGGCCAUAUCAGAUGUGAUGGAAAAACUGCUACGGAAUCGCACCAUAGUGGUCGAGGAUGAACGAACUGUUAAGGCAAUAAGAGAGGGAUCUUUAUUGGAUUUAACGAAUUUCCGUCCUGCCUCGAUCGAUCUGGCGCUAUCAACAGGCGAAGAUGUCGACUUGACUAAGGACUUGCUGGAGAACCUGCAAAAUCUCCUCGAUGGCGAGGUUAAAAUUGAAGACAGCCUGGAUUUUGAUAAUUCUGAUGAGGAUGCUAGUGAAGAUCUCGAUGAAGGUUGUAGGAAAUAUUUCGAAGACGAGGGGAUUGAUAUAGACGAGGAUGAUUUUCUCGAGUUUUUUCUCAAAGAGGGUCUGAAGCUGGAUGAUGAUAUGAUUGGCGAAUUACGAGCCGACUCAGUGCGGUAA